AUGAACACCGAAAGCCUCCCAGACUACCUGACCAUCCCAGGGAAAACGAUCCCUAGCUUUCACUGCCGCGUUGGGAAAAAACACAAUGAUCGCCAGCCUCAGCUAGCCAACACCUACGGGUACCCUGUGCCUGGCGUGCAGGCACCUACUCCCACGUCGGUCAUGGCCCUUGACUACUUCGCGAGUGACCAGACCUGGGGGAAUAUCCUGGCCCAUGGAGACUUUGAUUACAUCGUUAUCGGUUCGGGCUUUACUGCUCUCGCAUUCAUUCAGAAGGCACUCGAGCUCGACCCGUGUGCCAAAAUUCUUUGCUUGGAGCGUGGAGGCUUUUGGCUUCCUUCCCACUUCCAGAACCUGCCAAUUCCUUUCAAAAUGGUUAUGGGCGGACCUUCCGAGACAUUCCCCUGGACCCUCUCGCGCAAGACCUUUGAGACUGAGGAGCUCAAGUUCUGCCACGGGUCUUGCCCAUUUUUCGGUGGCCGAUCGACAUUCUGGUCCGCCUGGAGUCCGAGGCCGAGUCUAGACCUCAUGCGCGACUUUCCCGAGUCCAUGAAAGAGACUGCUUCACACGAGCAAUUCUGGAAAGAGGCCAAGGAACUCUUGAAUGUCACACCGGCAGCUCAGAUCGACGAUGGCGUCUUUGGAAGCCUGCAGACUGCCAUUGAUCGCAUUCUCAAGCGCUCAGUUUGUAAGAUUCCCACUGCCGACUAUGCCGAGUCGGCCCCCCUUGCUGUCGGACGACGCAGCCCGACUUCUCGUCUACGAUUCAACAAGUUUUCUGUCCCCGGGCCUCUUCUCGGCAUCUUGGAACGACAGAGGCAGCUGGCCAAAAUCAAUCAGGGAGCGCCUUUGGAAAUCAUGGUUGACUGUGUGGCGACAAGCAUGGCUAAAGGCGACGACGAUGAAUUUGUCCGUGUUAUCGACACCAGCAAGGGCACUUUGUCGUGGACUGGCAACAAGACCAGGAUCAUCCUCUGCACCGGAGCCAUUCCCAACGCCACCCUGUUGCUGAACUCUUUCGAGAGCUGCCGUGACACCGUCGGCAAGAGGCUUACCGGCCACUUCGCGACACAUAUCUCAGCAAGAUGCCCCGUGAAGAACAUCAAGGGCUGGAAGAAGGAAGACACGCUCAAGAUGGCUGCUGCCUACGACGCGGCUCGCGAGUGUCCAGACUAUGCUGCUGCGGCGACGCUUGAUCAACUUAGCGGUUCUGAGGACUACGUUGUGUUUGUUUGCUCGGCUCUUGGCGAGAUCAGCGAGAAGAACCCCAAGAAUCAUGUCACUCUCAACAAAGGCACCGACCCGACUUGCAACGUCACGCUGCAAUACACCUUGACCGACGAGGAUUAUUCCUGCUGGGACGUGAUGGACAUGGCAACCUACGAUACCAUCAAAGAAAUGGCGGGCGGCGAUGAGCAUGAGUCGAACAUCGAAUGGUGGGAUGAGACAAGUCAUGGCUGGAUCAAGACGAAACCAGCCGUCGACACCAUUCGAAUCCCUGGUGUCGUUCACGAAUCAAGCACUUGCUUUAUGGGACCCAAGGAAAUUGGUGGUUCCGUGGAUGAGCUUUAUCGUCCUCACGGGAUUGAGAAUGUUCACGUCACUGGAUCUGCCCUUUUCCCAACUGCGGGUAGUUGGAAUCCCACCAUGACCAUGUGUGGAUAUGCUCAAGACUUGGCUCGCAAGGUGCAUGAAUUGAAGCUCAGGCCAAAUUGUGAGGCAUCAAAUUAA